AUGCCAAAUGAACCCAAAGGUACAGAGAACGAGAUGCCAACAGACGUCGCACUGGCCUCUCUACAGCAAGUGCUUCUCGCAAUCAAGCAAGCCGAGGAGACUCGUCGUUCCAGAAAUGUAGCCAAGCGGUUGGAGGCCCUAAUAGAUUUCGUGCAUCGAUACACUGCUGCUGUAGACGCCACGGUCCAGGGCACUAUCAAUCCGGUGUCGUUGACUCCGUUUCAUCGCAUCAUAUACACAGGGCCAGAUGUCAAUAGAAAGACUCAAGAAAUCAUUGAUACGGCAGUUGCAUACGAUAAGAAUGUAGACAAACUAAACGGCUUCCGUGAGAAUGCGCUGUAUGUAUCCAUAGCCAAAGGUAACGCACGGAUGGUUCGGUGUGUCCUGAACACCAAAUGCCGUGAUCAACUCCAGAUUCCAUCUGGCGUGCACGGGCUGCGGCCACUGGAGCUGGCGGUUUGUUUGAGUGCAGAAGACGUCGUGGAAGUUCUACUGGAUGCGGGAGCCGACGUUGACUCGACGCACGGUAGGCUUGAGGAAAACUGUUUCCAUCUGUGCAGUCGGAAAAGCGGAAGUGUGGCGAUUGCGGAGCUUCUCUGGGAGCGUUGUCGAAGAUGCGUGGAAAGUAACAACAGUCGACUGUUCGACAAAGCCAGGAAGGAUGGAAGAAUGCCAUAUCAUCUAGCUGUGUUUCAAGGGCAUUUCGAACUUGCAGAUCGGUAUGGCGCGAAGGGGGCAGUUGUUGAGGCCGGGCUCUCAAUCAUUACUUGGAAGUUUGACCAAAGAGAUAGGAUCCUACCGACCCAACAGAUGUUGGGUGACUACCACCGAACUGAAGACGUGGACGUGCCAAUCAUGGACCUCGUCCUAGGAGAUCGCCGCACAUCACCUUCCUACAUAUGCGUGCCAGUGAGUAUUCUAGGGUCCAUGCUCCCCUACAAGACCGACCACACUAUGGCACGGCUCCAUGAUCUCUUUGGCGGCCAAAGGCAGACAAGACCGAACUUUAUCGUGUGCCCCGCCUGUGGCCUCAACGCAUUUCAUUUUGUCGUUGCAGAAUUGUACGAGUCUUUUGAAGAGCGUCGAGCCUGUAUUGACAGCAUCAGUUCUUCAAUGUCCGCAGAUGCCCCACUCCUCUUCCUGUUGGAGAAGUACUCAUUGCCUGUUCAAGUGAGUCAUCAGGACACCAAUGGCUGGACGGCCUUGCACAUUGCCGCGCUAAAUGUCAACUACCAGGCCACCGCGCUGCUUCUCGAAGCUGGAGGCGAUCCAAAUAUGUCAACCGAGUGUGGUUGGACGUUUUUAGAUUGCGCACGUAUCGCGAGGGACAAAUGGAAGUCGAAAUUGCCGAAUAUUCACAUGUUCCCGGUGGGAGAAGAUAUGAAGAAUCUGAAGUCGCUAAGCCGUCGGGCGGAUGCGGUUGUGACACUGUUAGAAAGCCGCGGAGCGAAGCAUGAGCUAAUUGCGGGUGGGUAUUUGACGAAACUCAAGCAAGUAGUUUUUUCACCGAAAGAGUGGCGGCGGUACACUUACUUGGAUGCGAUAUACUGGCGUGUGUAA